AGAAAAAUGGCAGCCUCCAUGAUGGAAGUGAAGGAGCCGGUCAAAGAAAACCAAGAAGAGAUUGCAAGUAAAGAUAUAGGAAACAUAAACACUCAUCCUGAUAUUAAAUUAAUAAGACCUUGCAUUAGUUAUUGGAAAGAAUUUACAUCCUGUUGCUCAUCAUCGUCACGUAUUAGACAAAUAUAUGUCAAUGGUGAAAUGACUGACUGCAUCCCUUUGAGGAAUAUCUCAGACAAAUGCUAUACAAUGCAGAAGGGAGAAAAUGAUGCAGUUGAUGCCAUGAAUGAACUGAUAGCAUAUGAGAAGCAGAGACAUGCAGAGAGAGUGAAAAUGAGGACUGCAAAUGAUAUUUGGGAGUACCGAACCUCAGCACCAGAAAACUGGUCCAAACCCCUCCCAGAAUUUAUGGAAGCCAGAAAAGACACUCAUCUCAAUAAAAUACAAAACAAUUGGGAAAAAGAAGAACUUAGAAUAACAGUUAGGGAUUUUCUAAUGAGAGAUCAAACAUGCUCUAUAUUAUAAAUAAAAUUAGUGUUCUCAUUAACUUACUAAUGUGUAUGGUUUGAAACGGCAUUUUUCUGAUAUUUCUACGAGAAUUUCAACAUGCCUUACAUAUGAGAAGAAAAAUGUCUUUUCUUAUGUAUUGUCAGGGAUUUUUUAUCAGGGGCCUAUUCAAGUUGUUAUCUUAUAAAUCAAGGUAAAUGAAGGAAGAAUUUUUUUGAUUCAAUUAUUUUCCAGAAAAGUAAUUUUUGUAUAAGUAAUAAACCAAUAUGAAAUCAUGUAAAAUCAUGUAAAACCAUUUACAAUCAUGUAAAACAAUUUCCCUAUGUGAUUAUGCUCACUGGAAAAGAACUUGGUAUAUUAAACAUUCUUGUGCUAAAAAACAUUGGUUAGUUUUAGAGGA